UCUGGAAAAGAUGAAGGUCAUGUGUAUCUGGUUCUGUUCUCUGGGGUCCAACACGCCUCGCUUGAGCCGACCUCACCUCUCUCUCUCCUCUCCUCCCCCGCCUGUCUCCGCCUCACCGUAAAACACCACCAACACCAAUAAGGGCUUCAUAUAUCCUCCAGGGUCUAUUCUAACAUGUGACAUGAUCUUUUGUUGUGGUGAUAGAAGUGGUUUGUUUUUGGUUGGGCUAAAACCCCAUGGAUGCCAAUAAUUGGAGGCCUACUGCCCCCGUUGGAGAACCUGUCAUGGACACGGGUGAUUGGAGAACUCAAUUGCAGCCGGACGCACGCCAAAGAAUAGUCAACAAAAUCAUGGAGACAUUAAAAAGACAUCUUCCAUUUUCUGGUCAAGAGGGAUUACAAGAACUCAAGAAAAUAGCUGUACGGUUUGAGGAAAAGAUUUAUACUGCUGCAACAAGUCAGUCUGAUUAUCUGCGUAAAAUAUCUCUGAAGAUGCUUGCAAUGGAGAACAAGUCUCAAAGUACCAUACCCAAUUCUUUGCCACCCAACUCCACUGGCAGUGGUAACAAACCCCUGGAUCCAGGAGGAUCUCACAGUAUGCAGUCUCAAGUUCACAAUCAAGGGCCAUCACUCACUAUCCCAUUGCCUGCUAAUCAAUCUCAAGAACGCCAGCAAUUGUUGUCACAGAACAUGCAGACUGGUAUGGCAUCUAGUGGAGUUCAAAGUUCUUCUGGUUUAACGUCAGCAUUGCCUCCCAUCUCCAGUUUAACCCAGACUGUCCCCAACUCUGUUGGCCAGAAUCCUAACAUGCAGAGCAUCUCUGGUGUUUCACAGAACCCAGUGGGGAAUCCAAUGGGACAAGGGGUGCCCUCCAAUAUGUUUGCCAAUUCUCAGAGACAAGGUAGGCAACUAGUUGUUCCACAGCAACAACAGCAGCCCCAAAAUCCUCAGCAGUAUUUUUACCAGCAGCAGUUACAACAACAGCUUUUGAAGCAGAAGCUUCAACAGGGAAAUCCCCAGCACUCAGUUGUGCAAUCUCAGCAGCAGCAAAACCUAUUACAGUCAAAUCAGUUGCAAUCUUCUCAGCAAUCUGGUGUGCAAACACCAUCUGUUAUGCAGCCUUCAAUAAUGCAAACGGCUCCUCUCUCUUGUCUUCAACAGAAUCAGCCAUCUUCUGUUCAACAGUCAACACAACCCAUGCUUCAGCAACAUCCACAACCAGUCCUCAGGCAGCAGCAACAACCUCAACAGACUGCUGGUAUUCAUCAGCAGCAGAGGUUGCUAGGCCAGCAGAAUAACCUUCCAAAUCUGCAGCAGCAGCAAUUAAUGGUUCAACAAAAUAACCUAUCAAGCAUGCAUCAGCAACAGCUGGGCUCUCAAAGUAAUGUCUCCAGUUUACAGCAGCAGCAGCUGCUUGGAGCUCAGUCUGGUAACUCAAGCAUGCAAACUAAUCAGCACCCUGUACACAUGCUACAACAGUCCAAGGUUACGCUGCAGCAACAAGCACAACAAAGUGCAGGUACUUUGUUACCUAAUCAAGGGCAGCAGUCACAACCACAGCUGCCACAGCAGCAAUUGAUGUCACAGAUCCAAUCACAGCCAGCGCAGCUGCAACAGCAAUCAAAUCCAUUACAACAUGAUCUGCAACAAAGAUUUCAAGCAUCAGGUUCCUUGCUUCAACAGCAGAAUGUGACUGAUCAGCAAAAGCAGUUAUAUCAAUCUCAAAGAGCCCUUCCAGAAACGUCCCCAACAUCCCUAGAUUCUACAACACAGACUGGACAUGUGAAUGGCAAUGAUUGGCAAGAGGAGAUCUACCAAAAGAUCAAAGUCAUGAAGGAGACGUAUUUCCCUGAAAUUAAUGAAAUAUACCAGAGAAUUGCUGCCAAGUUACCGCAGCAUGACUCUCAUCCGCAACAACCAAAGUCAGAACAGCAUGACAAGCAGCAUGACAAGCUAAAGGUACUUAAGACCAUGUUGGAGCACCUGAUAAUGUUCUUACAAGUUCCGAAAAACAACAUCAAGCUUAAUUUCAAAGAGAAGUUGGGUUACUAUGAGAAUCGGAUUUUAAAUUUUCUAAACACAAGCAGACCCAGAAAGCCUGUUCCUAAUCUUCAGCAAGGACAGCUUCCCCAGCUUCAUAUGCAACCUAUGCAGCGACCCCAAUCUCAAGUUCCUCAAUUGCAGUCCCAUGAAAAUCAACUCAACCCCCAGUUGCAAUCAAUGAAUUUGCAAGGUGCUGUACCAACAAUGCAGCAGAACAAUGUGCCAAGCUUGCCGCAUAAUUCUCUUUCUUCUUUAUCUGGGGUUUCUACAUCACAACCAAACAAGAUGAAUCCAAUGCAAUCAGCUUCCAAUUUAGAUUCUGGACAAGGAAAUGCACUGAGCUCAUUGCAGCAGGCACCUGUAGGAUCUGUACAACAGAAUCCUGUGAGCAGUUCCCAACCUACCAAUUUUAACACAUUGUCAACACAAAGUGGGGUGAGUAUGCUGCAGUCAAAUAUUCCUCUUCAGUUGAAUUCCAAUAUGAUUCAACAGCAGCAUCUAAAACAGCAGAUGCUACAAACACAACAGCUUAAACAACAGUUCCAACAGCGUCAGCCGCAGCAGCAACAGCAUUUAAUGCAGAAGCAACAGAUGCUGCAGCAGCAGCAGCUACACCAGCAAGCCAAGCAGCAGUUGCCUGCACAGAUGCAGACACAACAAAUUCCACAGUCGCAUCAGAUGAAUGAUGUAAAUGAGAUGAAGUUGAGACAGGGGAUUGGAAUCAAGCCAGCAGUCUUCCAACCACAUCUCUCGACAGGUCAACGCACUGCUUUCCCACAUCAACAAAUGAAACCAGGAUCCUCAUUUCCUAUUUCUUCACCACAAAUGCUCCAGCAUGCUUCCCCCCAAUUACAACAACAUUCGUCUCCUCAGAUUGACCAGCAAAAUCUACUGCCUUCUCUAACUAAAACUGGAACACCUUUGCAAUCUGCAAACUCGCCUUUUGUUGUCCCAUCUCCUUCAACCCCUUUAGCUCCAUCCCCUGUGCCAGGAGAUUCUGAGAAACCCAUUUCUGGUAUCUCCUCACUCGCCAAUGGUGGAAAUAUUGUACACCAACCAACUGUUGCACAAGCAACGGCUCCAUCCCUUGCAAUUGGCACUCCUGGGAUAUCUGCCUCGCCUUUGCUUGCAGAGUUUACAAGUCCUGAUGGUGCUCAUGGUGGUGCUUUGACAACUGUUUCUGGCAAGUCGAAUGUUAUGGAGCAACCACAUGAACGCAUGAUUAAAGCGGUGAAAUCUCUUUCUCCUAAAGCACUUAGUGCAUCCGUCAGUGACAUUGGCUCUGUUGUCAGUAUGAUUGACAGAAUUGCUGGCUCAGCACCCGGUAAUGGGUCUAGAGCUGCAGUUGGUGAGGAUCUGGUAGCGAUGACAAAAUGUCGCCUUCAGGCAAGAAAUUUCUUCAACCAAGAUGGGAUGACUGGAUCGAAGAAAAUGAGGCGCCAUACAAGUGCCAUGCCCUUGAAUGUUGCAUCAUCAGCUGGAAGUGUAAGCGACAGUUUUAAGCAGUUUACUGGUCCAGAGACAUCUGAUUUGGAGUCUACUGUAACGUCAAGUGUCAAGAGGCCUAAAAUUGAGCUCUUCUUGCAGGCUAAUCAUGCCCUUUUGGAAGAGAUAAGGGAAAUAAAUCAGCGACUUUUAGACACAGUGGUUGAUAUUAGUGAUGAAGAUGUUGACUCAACUGCAGCAGCAGCUGCUGCUGAAGGAGGUGGAGGAACCUUUGUCAAAUGCUCAUUUAUCGCUGUGGCUCUGAGUCCAAACUUGAAAGCACAGUACAUUUCAGCGCAAAUGUCAACAAUUCAGCCCCUUAGAUUGCUUGUGCCUACAAAUUAUCCUAAUUGCUCACCGAUACUGUUAGACAAGUUUCCAUUUGAAGUCAGUAAAGAGUACGAGGAUUUGUCAAUAAAAGCUAAAUUUAGGUUUAGCAUCUCUCUUCGAAGCCUUUCACAGCCCAUGUCGCUUGGAGACAUAGCCAGGACUUGGGAUGUCUGUGCCCAUGCUGUUAUUUCAGAGCAUGCACAACAAAGUGGCGGAGGCACCUUCAGCUCAAAAUAUGGUUCUUGGGAAAACUGCGUGAGUGCAGCAUGAUCCAAAGCUGUUCUGAACAGGAUUUUGUUGACAUAGCAGUGGUGGAAUAUGUGAUGGGCUGCUUCUCCUGUGAUGACCAAACUUGAAGUUUUGGAUUGAUUGGCAGGAAUUUACCAGAAGCAUAAAUUGCCUGAGGUUCAUCUCUUUGUGAAGACUCCAAGGUUCUUGUAUCAUAGAAUAAUAUUAUUUGUUGUUUGUUUGUUUGUUAUAAUGCAUUGUAUUAUAUGUGUAUUAGGUUAUACUUAUAAUGUUUGAAUAUAUGCUGCAUUGUUUGUAACAAAUUUCUAAUGUUAAUGUCAUGUCAUUUGUGAAA